CAACAGAAGGCAGACAGAAGAACUGUUCGAUAAAUAUCAACCAACACAUGUGAUUCACUUGGCCGCUGUAGUAGGCGGUCUUUUCCAUAAUCUUGCAUUUAAUACGGACAUCUUUAGAAAAAACAUUUUGAUUAAUGACAGUGUCCUCAGCUGCUGCAAUGCCUUUGAUGUGAAGAAAGUGGUGUCUUGUUUGUCAACCUGUGUCUUUCCAGAUGAUAUUAAAUAUCCAAUCGACGAGACAAUGAUUCAUAAUGGUCCGCCUCACGACAGUAAUUAUGGAUAUGCCUAUGCGAAAAGAAUGAUUGAUGUUUUGAACAAGGGCUUUCAUCAGGACUAUGGUCACAUGUUCACUGCUAUUAUUUCCACGAAUGUAUUUGGACCAAACGAUUACUUCAGCGUUGAUGAUGGUCAUGUUUUACCUGGAUUAAUACACAAAACAUAUAUGGCACAACGUGAAAACACCGAUUUAGUCGUCUACGGGACAGGUAAACCUUUACGACAAUUCAUUUAUUCCCGUGACUUGGCGAAACUUAUCAUCUGGGCACUAAGAGAGUACAACGAAGUGGAACCUAUCAUUUUAUCAGUUGGAGAGAAGGACGAAAUCAGCAUAAAGGAGGCUUCCUGUUAUAUCAUAAAACAUAUGCAGUUUAAUGGGAAAGUAAUUUAUGACACAAGCAAGAGUGACGGUCAAUUUAGAAAAACAGUAUCGAAUGCUAAGCUUAGACGAUACCUUCCGAAUUUUGAAUUUACUUCAUUUGAUGAAGCUGUGAAAGAAACAUGUGACUGGUUCAUUAAAAACUACAAUCAGGCAAGAAAAUAGAAGCACAUUUAUACAAGUGAACUUAUUGCUGUUGUGUUAUCUAUGGACUGAGGAUGAAAUGUAUAUAUUGGGAUCCCUAUAAUCUGUAAAAUUAUUGAUGUAGACAUUAUCGAUAUGAAGUAGGAAAUGUUA